AUUACAGGCAUACAGCUUAUCUCUCUCUCUCUCUCUCUCUCUCUCUCCCUAUUUGUUUCUUCUUAUAGUAAUAUCAAGAUCAAAAUGAGAGUGAUAGGUUAUUUUGGUUUAAUAAUAUUUGGUGUUUUAGCAUUUAUGGGUUCAUCAACUGAAGCUCAAUUGCAAAUGGGUUUUUAUGCUAAGAGCUGCCCAAAAGCUGAGAAGAUUGUUCAAGAUUUUGUCAACAAACACAUCCAUAAUGCUCCAUCUUUAGCUGCUUCUUUCUUGAGAUUGAACUUCCAUGAUUGCUUCGUCAGGGGUUGUGAUGCAUCUGUGCUUCUGAACUCGUCAUCGAGCUCUGGCGAACAACCUGAAAAGGAAGCUAUUCCAAAUCAAACAAUAAGAGGAUUUGACUUCCUAGACAGAGUGAAGAGCCUUCUUGAAGAUAAAUGUCCUGGCAUAGUAUCCUGUGCAGACAUUCUUGCUUUGGUCGCAAGGGAUUCCAUUGUGGCUACAGGAGGUCCCUUUUGGAGAGUUCCAACUGGAAGAAGAGAUGGUGUAAUAUCAAGGUUGUCUGAGGCCAUGGCCGACAUCCCACCUCCCUUUGCAAACUUCUCUACUCUUCAGACUCAAUUUGCCGACAAAGGUCUUGAUUUGAAAGACCUGGUUUUGCUUUCCGGGGCUCACACAAUUGGGAUAUCCCAUUGUCCAGCAUUUUCAGACCGUUUAUACAACUUCAGUGGAACUGGUGAGCCAGAUCCUAGCCUAGACAGUGAGUAUGCUGCAAAUCUAAGGGCAAAUAAGUGCAGAACUCCUGAUGAUAGAACCACCAUUGUUGAGAUGGAUCCAGGAAGUAGAAAAACAUUUGAUCUUAGCUACUACUCUCUCUUGCUUAAAAGAAGAGGCCUUUUUGAAUCAGACGCUGUUUUGAUCACUGACCCUGUUACUUUAUCUCUCAUCAACCAACUUCUCAGUGGUUCUGUUGAUGAUUUCUUUGCUCAGUUUGCCAAUUCCAUGGAGAAAUUAGGCAGAGUUGAUGUUAAAACUGGAACUGAUGGUCAAAUUAGAAAGCACUGUGCAGUUGUUAAUAGUUAAUAUUAUAAUUAGAGUUUUUCUUUUUUUUUUUCUUGGGUGAUAAAAAUAAAAGAUCAAUUAAGGGAUUUUGGGUGAUUUGUUUUAUUUUUUUGGGCUUUGAUUGUGACAUAAAUGUCUUGGUGAAUAAUUGAGAUCUACUUAAGAUUUCUUUAUUUCUUACUUGAAAAAAAAAAUAAAAAGAAGAAAAAAAGCUGUGUUGUAAAAUAUCCCUUCCUUUAGCAGCUUUUGUAACAAACUUUUAAUAAUAUGAGAUGAUUCUUUUCUUUUA